GGCGCCAAUGGCCUCGGAGAUUGUUUCUGGCAUUUUGUUUGUUGACCGGUACAGUUGGAAAGAAUGAAAGAGACCGUUGCCAUUGUGUAUAAAUUCAAAACACCUACCGCUUGUCCGAUGAUGCUUACAAGCAUCAUCGUUGUAACCAUGACGCGAGCUCCACGAAGAAACAUUGCUCCACCAUCACGUACAUAGCUACUGGAGGAAAGCAAAAGCUAUUUCGAUUCGAUAUCACUGUAUCGCCUGCAGUUAUCCAGCGUCUGGAUGGAGGAACACGUGACCAACGCGGUUAUCCUUUGUGGCGGUCGAUCCACUCGUAUGGGCAGCGCCAAACACCGUCUGCUCUUCCCCAACGAUGCCGAGCCAAUGUAUCGACAACUGCUAGCGCGAGCUAUGGUUGCGUACCCGGGCAUCCAGAGCGUGUACCUGUCCCUGCACGACCCCGGAAGCGCGACUCAUUUGGAUCAGACUCCUGUCAUGGGCCGAACAAUCCAUCUGCUAUUUGAUGAGGAUGGCGAUAUAGGCCCGGCCGCAGGACUGCUGGCAGCGCUACGUACCGAUUCACAUUGCACAUGGCUAGUUGUGGCUUGCGACUAUCCCUUGAUCAGUGUCGCAGAGCUACGGAGACUGUUCGCAAGCUUCGACGGACGCUUGACAUGUUUCGAAAACAUGCAGGGCUGGGCCGAGCCACUCCUCGGCCUCUGGGGUCCUGAAGCCCUGGCGCGUCUCCAUUCAAAUGUCAUGCAUGGCUGUACAGGACCGAAGGUUGUAGUGCAGCAACUCAAGGGGAAGACGAUCCGAGCACUCGAUGACCGCUCGCUCCUGAAUACCAAUACGCCCGGCGAAUGGAGUCAAGCAGCGGCGUUUGCAGCAGACAUGAAUGCUUCCUCAUCCUAACACCGGAAUGCUCGAAUCAUGCAGAAAGUAUACAUGCAGGCGAUCUCCGGCCAGCACUUCACCCGUUGCCGGUGGCACGUGGAUCCAGCAGUUCGCCGCGAUGAAGGGACUUAUCUUUGCGGGACUCUGUUGAGCGCUGAAUUGCGCAACGAGCUCCCCUUCCACCAUCUCGGCGCGACCGUGUCGGAAGUGGU